AUGGGUACUGAGAAGGAAACCUUGGGUAAUGCCAAGAUGGACUGGUGCCCUGAGAGUCACCACCCAUCCCUCAGCCCUGAAGGAGGUUGCUCAUUGGCUUCUUCUGCUGUCUCCUGUGGUCUGGAGCAGCUAAACUUAGAAGAGGUGGUCUGGGCGACCCGUAUCCACACAGGGGCUAAGCCUCAGGUCUCCAGAGGCCCCAGCGAGUGGGCUGCAUCCAUGACCCUCAAUGCCCUUAACCCAGAGAGUUCUUCACAACACAGGUCGGGUCACAGUGGUGCUGGCCUGAAUCACUGGACUGAGGUUUCUGACGACCCUGGUGAUACACCUCCUGAAGUCUCCAGACUCCGGCCAUUCCUUGGACACGGAUCCUUCUCUCAGACAACCUCCAUGGGUUCCCGGGACAAGGCCCUUCGAACUUGGGACCUGGAGACGCUGGACAGCUCUAGCCCGGACUCUGCCAGCCACCUGGAAGAGCAAUGUCGGAACAUCUCCCCUGUCCUCAAUGAAGAGCACAGCAUGGAUAGUGUACUGGAAGACUCCCGGGACCUGCUGUCCUUAACCUCACCCCCUCCAGGCAGAGAAAACAAGUUAACUAUGCAUGCUCCAAUGAGGAACCAGGAGAGGACAGAGGCUACUUUUUCUCUUCCAGAGAUCAUCAGAUACGAAGUCACUGUGAACCGACGGAACAUUGAAGACAUUUGCCUAGGUUGUGGAAGUCUCCAGGUGUACACGCAGCACCCUUUAUUUGAGGGGGGGAUAUGUGCCUCAUGUAAGGACACGUUCCUGGAGACCCUCUUUCUUUACGAUGAGGAUGGACACCAGAGCUACUGUACCAUCUGCUGCUCUGGGGACACCCUGUUUAUCUGUGAGAGCCCUGACUGUACCAGAUGCUACUGUUUCGAGUGUGUGGAUAUCCUGGUGGGCCCCGGGACCUCGGAGCGAAUCAAUGCCAUGGCCUGCUGGGUUUGCUUCCUGUGCCUGCCUUUUAGUCGCAGUGGACUACUGCAGAGGCGAAGGAAGUGGCGGCACCAACUGAAGGCCUUCUAUGACCUAAAUGGGGCAAGCCCUCUGGAGAUGUACAAGACAGUAUCUGCGUGGAAGAGACAGUCCAUGCGGGUGCUCAGCCUUUUUGGGAAUAUUGAUAAAGAGCUAAAGAGUUUGGGCUUUUUGGAAAGUGGCUAUUCUGAGGAAGGAAGACUGAAGUACUUGGAAGAUGUCACGAAUGUUGUGAGGAGAGAUGUGGAGAGUUGGGGUCCCUUUGACCUUGUGUAUGGCUCCACACAGCCUCUAGGCUACUCUAGUGAUCACUGCCCUGGCUGGUACAUGUUCCAAUUCCACCGGAUGCUGCAGUACGCUCGACCACGCCCAGGGAGUCAGCAGCCUUUCUUCUGGAUAUUUGUGGACAAUCUGCUGCUGUCUGAGGAUGACCAAGUCACAGCAGCUCGUUUCUUCCAGACGGAGGCUGUGACCCUCCAGGAUGUCCGCAGCAGAGUCCUCCAGAACGCUGUGCGAGUGUGGAGCAACAUCCCAGGGUUGAAGAGCAAACACUUGGCCCUGACACCAAAGGAGGAACAGUCCCUGGAAUGCCAAGUUAGAACCAGAGCCAAGAUGGCCACUGAGAAAGUUGACGCCCUGGUGAAGAGCUGCCUUCUCCCCCUGAGAGAAUAUUUCAAGUAUUUUUCUCAGAACCCACUUCCUCUUUACAAAUGAAUCAUGAUACAAUGAAAGAGGAGGCUUUCCUAGAACCACAGCAGCCUUCCUCCUAUGCAUGCCCCUUUCCCUCAGCACAGUUUUCUUCCAUUUGCUUGCUGGCCUGUGGGUUUCUCUGUUUGUGUCUCCAAGAUGUGAUGCCUCGAUGCAGCUCACUGUGAGGGUGGGAGGUGCCCACUUCUGUGAACAUGAUUCUGAUGGGUUAGCCCAUCAUGCAUCUCCAAAAGUAUGUGUGUACCUGUUGUAAAGUUUUUCAAAUAUAUUAUAGGCAUGUUACUGGUA